CCUAUCAAACUCAAAAAAGCCUCCGCACUCUCCAUCCGGUCGCGGCGGCGGCUGCGUCCCUUCGUCUUGUUCCUUCUUCUCGACUCCACGAGUCCGAUGGCUUCGACGCCAACAAAUAAGAAGAAGAAUAAGAAGCCGGCUCCUUCCGAGCAGAAUAAAUCGGAGGAGAAGGAGUUCAUGGCCAUGGCUAUGGCGGAGGAGGAAGAGAAGCAGAAGAAGAAAAAGCCCGGCAACGAGAUCGACGAGAUCUUCCAAGGAAAGAAGGCCAAGAAGCCAAAAAAACCCGAAGAAUCGAAGGAAGGGAAGCAUUCGGAGGCUUCCGAACUGAAGAAGAAGGCGAAGAAGAGAACAGGGGAGGAGGGCAAUAAUAAUAAAAAGAAGAAGAAGAGGGGGACGACCGUGGUGGAGGAGGGUCCCGGGGCCAAGGCGAAACGAAGGAGGACAGGGGAAGGACUCUCCAUCUACACCGAGGAAGAGCUGGGCAUCGGGAAUCUCGAUGCCGGGGGUACGCCUCUCUGCCCUUUCGACUGUUCUUGCUGCUUCUGAUCGUUUCUGGAAGUCAACGAAGGAAUCCGGUAUCGUGAGUUUUCGAUUUGGUGCUGAGGAUUUUGUUGUUUUUGUCUUCUUUCAUGGUUAUGUAGCUAAUUUUCUAGGGUAAUUCGCUGAAUUGUACUAAUUUGGGGUUCUAAUCUUACAAGAAUUUAGUUAUUUUACUUGCAUCCACUGUAUCAGUUGAGUUGAUAUUGAAAUAUAAGAAAUAUUCAAAUGAAAGGUGAUAAAUUUUUGAGUAAA